GUCUUUUCGGGAUACUGGGCAGGCUCACACAUGGUACAUAUACGUACAUUCAGGCAAACAUUCAUAUACAUAUGAUAAAGUCUUUCUUGAGAGAGGGCCUUAUAUCUCUGGCUUUCCUGGAGCUUGCUCUGUAGACCAAGCUGGCCUCAAACUCACAGAGACCCACCUGCCUCUGCUUCCUGAGUAAUGGGAUCAGAGGUGCAUGUCACCAUGUCCUGCAAAAAUAAAUCUUAAAAAAAAUGCUUAAUAUGACGUUGUUAGCUGCCUGAUGUGGGUUCUGGAAACCAAAUUUGGGUCCUCUAGGAGAACACUAUGAACUCUUAGCCAUUAAGCCAUUUUUCAAGCUCUUAAUAUUUUUACCUGCUAGCUUAAAAAUCACCCGGUAGCACACACAGACAUUAAACUUGUGGUUCUGCUAUCUAAGCUUUAGCUGGGAUUACAAACCUGUACCUCCAGGUCCAGCUCCAGGAAGUUUUGUUUAGUCAUUAUUUUCAUCAGUGACCUUUACUCACUGCUGUAACUGAGACAUAUAACAAGCAGAACACUAAAGCUGACAUUUCUUUGUCAUUUGAGACAGGACCUUGUGAAGUCUCUGCCAUGCAACCAAGGAUAACCUGAUCUUCCUGCUUUCCCAUCUUGAGUUUCGGGGUUAUGGGCAGUUGUGGAGACACCCUGCAACCUGAAAUUUCUAAUGGUGCAGAGUUGCUUAGUUCCCAUCACCCCCAACCAUAUCAUCUAGAGAUGGGAGUAUGCAUACAUUGGAGUCUUGUUGCAGCAGGAAAAUUAUUCCAGUGAAGUAAUUAAUCCACACCAGAGUCUGGUUUUCCUUGGCAACUCUUUGGUACCAAGCUAUGGCAACAUUGCUGUAACUGGAAAGUAGGUCACCUUCUACCUACCAUGAGUUGGUUUCACACAAUGGAGCAUUCAUUCAUUCAUUGUUCACAAGAUUUCUCUGGCCACAUAUACCUCCUACAGCUAUUGGUUAAAGCUGGGCUUAUUCGUUGGCUGUACAUGCCUAGAAUAAUCAUCUAUAACUAUAAUUUGAAAACUUUCACACCAGCCAAAGAGAAGAUACUGCUGAAAGCUAGACCAAAUUGCACCAGUGUUUCAGUGAGGUUUCGUUUGUUUGGGGGUUCUAUGCAAGCAGGGGUGAGGGGAGCAGAGGGUGAGAGCUACUUUAACCCCCUAUGUUUAUUUGCCAUUCCCUCGGCAGCAAGCACAUCUUAGUUAAAUGCAUUUAACAACUCUGACAUACAAAGUACCAUGCUAGCUGUCCAGGGAUGCCGUUUUAACAAUGGCAUCAUCAUUGCUUUCAUUGAUAUGAUCCACACCCAUAAUAAGCAAAUCAUAACUGGAAUUGUGAUACUUGCCCUUGGGAGGUAGAGGCAGGAAGAUUGGGACUUAAAAGCUCAUCCUCAGUUACAUAUGAAAUUGGAAGCCAGACUAGUGAGAACCUAUCUCAAAGAAGCAACAAAACAAAACAAAAAACAAAACAAACAACACACAGCAACAACAUCAACCCAGUAAACCCUCGCCCCCCCAAAGCCAAAAGCCUUCCCUCAGGGUUGCCUGGGGAAACUGCCAGCUGUGAUUGAGGCCCCUCCUGUUCUCCAAGAAAGGAAAUAGGAUUCUCCUAAUUAUGCCCAAAUAGGAUGCACUGUGAACUUUGACCAAGGAGGUGUUCUUGAACCAAAUGAGGUGGUGUACCGGUGUAGUAGCUGCACUUGGGAAACAGAGGGAAGAGGAUCGGGAGUUCAAGGUCAUUCUUGCCUACACAAAGAAUUCCAAGCCCUCCGGACCUUCAAGACGCCGUCUGAAAACAAAACAAAAAAAAAAAAAGCAGCGACUGCCGCUUACAGUGGUUGCUUCUGAAGCGAAGGACGAGAAGAUUGCGACCCUGGCGUGGGACAGUCACACACCUGAGUGUGUGACUUCCCCAUCAGCACCUGUGCCUUUGCUCUACAGGGCCACGGCCGGCAGCUCAGCUGCAGACCCUUGGUGACCCGGAGGGUCCGAAGUUCUCCCUCUAGUGGCUCGCAGUGUGCUGGGUGCGGUGGCGACGCGGGAAGCCGGGGACCUCGAGCCUGGGCUCUCCCACAUCCCGGCUGGGGUGGUCAAGCUGGAUGUUGCCGGGAAGCAGCUCCGGGUUGCAGGGCAGGGACGCGCCCUUCCCCCGUGCAAACUUUCAGUCGCUGCGACGGAAGCAGGAACUUGAUCACGACCAAAUCUGCGGGGCCGGUGCGGGAGCUGCGGAGGAUUCCCUGCUCUCCUCUCCAGAUCUUUGCGCACUUCGCCGGUCCUUUGAAAAAAAGCGACCUAGCCGUCCUUGAGCCCAAGAGCCACGGGGACCUUAGAGAUCUCUCGUUUGCAGAGGUAAAGUAGCCGGUACAAUCUUCCUGAAGUCAACUGAGGCCAGAAGACACACCCUUGACCUCUGAAGAGACCAGGGUUAGCAAGGGUUCAGAAUGCUCUUCCGGGAGGAGCAGAGCUGGGCUUAUACUUUGGUGGUAAUUUGCUUCCUGACACCAAGGCUGGCUGCUGGUCAGAAGUGCCUCACUGAGAGUCUAGAGGAUGUUAUCAUUGACAUCCAGUCUUCCCUUUCGAAAGGAAUCAGAGGCAAUGAGCCCAUCCAUACAAUAACUCAGGAAGAGUGCAUCGGUGCCUGCUGUUCAACACAAAACAUAGCGGGGGACAAAUCCUGCAACCUGAUGAUCUUCGACACCCGGAAGACAGCUGGACAGCCCAACUGCUACCUGUUUUUCUGUCCCAGUGAGGAAGCUUGUCCACUGAAGCCAGCAAAGGGACUUAUGAGCUACAGGCUCAUCAGAGAUUUUCCAUUGGCCAGAGCUACUUCACCACUCCAAAAGUUAACACAAGAAGACUCUCCAUUACUUGGCCAUACCUUGCCAGCUGUCUCUCUCCGGGCCCCUCCUCCCACAGGUUACCCAAAGCCUACCAGCCUGAUUUGGAGAGAUGUGUCUUCUCAGAGGACCACCACCUCAGCUCACUCACAGAAACCUAUCCAGAUUGAUGAAGCAAGCACACAGCUCGCUGUUUAUAAAGAAAAGGGCCAUUCUCAGAGUUUGCAGCUAUCCUCAGAACUAAAAAUGGCUCAUCUGCUCCCUAAAAACGCCACCACCCCGUCUACCACCGUGGCUGUUACUUCUCUCCAUAAUGUCCCUGCCACUCUGAAGCCUGCACUUCUGUUGGCCAGUGCUUCAGUGACACCCGUGACCUUACAGCAGAAGGUGGCCACCACACCUUCUCCACCUGUAACCAUGGUGACCUGGAAGCCUCCUGCAGGCUACAGGUCUCCAAGUGUUACACAAGGAGUUACACACCAGGCAGCUCUGACCUCUGUCUCUCCGGCACGUAUGGACUCGAAAGGCAUCUUAGAAACAACGCCCUUUCACGCAGGCUCUGAGCUAACCUCAGACAUGGGCAAUGGGAAGAGCUCUGUGGCUCUUUCUUUGUCAACCCCAGAGUCUUCUGUUACAAGCAAGACUGCUGCUUCCUUGGAGAAUGGGAGGGUCAGUGUAGGCAGUGCAUCAUUGAAUAGGGUUCCAAAAAUCCAGCAUGGCCUUUCAUUUGAGAAGUGGCUUCUCAUUGGGACCCUCCUCUUUGGUGUUCUGUUCCUGGUAAUAGGCCUCGUCCUCUUGGGUAGGAUGCUGGCAGAAUCACUCCGUAGGAAACGGUAUUCAAGACUUGACUACCUGAUCAAUGGGAUCUACGUUGACAUUUAAAGACAAAUUGGGAAUCUCUUAGUUCAUGCAAUUACUCAUUGCCAAAUGCACCUGUGUUCCUCCUGCCCAGCCCAUCUCAGUAAGAACUAUAUCUUGAAGGACUCUUCUGCUACUUUUCUUCUCCUUUGUUUCCUUUUUGAGACAGGCUCAGGUAGCUCAGGCUGGUCUUGAACUCCUGUUCCUCCUGCCUCUGCCUCCCAGCUCCAGUUCAGAGGUUACAGGUUUUCACUACCAUGUCUGGAUUUUUAAUUUAAAAACAAUUUUAAAUUCUUUUGCAGCACUAGAGGUCAAAUUCAGGGCCUUCUGCAUGCUAGGCAAGCACUCUACUGCUGGGCCACAUCCCCAGCCCAACCACUUUCUGUUUGUCUGACUUUUUGGUUUUUUGUUUUUCAGACGAAGAGGGGGAUAAAAGAAACUAAGUUAUUUGAACGACCUGUCUGUAAAAUAGUAGCUGAAAAUGAUUCUGAGCUAUAAUAUUAAGUAUACUUGAGUAUAAAGUAGAAACCUGUACCUAAACAUAAGUCAUUACUAUUUCUCAUUCCAGACAAUGGCAACUGUUUGAUACUAGUUCUAAUGGAUUCUCUUUUCUUUUUUAUAUGGAUUCCAAUAAAACUCAUUCCAGAUGUGUUUCCCUCCAAUUAAAUAUUUG